AUGGCCGACAUAGCACGCGACAAGGCUCGACAACAUGGCGCGGCUGCAGCUUCGACUGCUGCUCCGCGAAGGAUAGACGCUGCCGCCGUUUCUCCUGUAAACGAUGUGGACGUGACGUCGCGCGCAAAGACUCGUUCGUGGGAUUACGUCUGGAGAUCCGGUGUCGCCGGAGGUAUCGCGGGAUGCGCUGCCAAGACGACGGUGGCACCCCUUGAUCGCGUCAAGAUCCUCUUCCAGACCAGCAACCCUCAGUUCGCGAAAUACUCGGGCUCCUCGUUCGGCCUGCCUUCCGCGAUGAAAGACAUAUACCUUUCCGAGGGCGCCAGAGGGCUGUUCAGGGGCCACUCGGCCACCCUCCUGAGGAUCUUUCCCUACGCCGGCAUCAAGUUCCUCGCCUACGAGCAGAUCCGCUCCGUCAUCAUUCCCGACAAACACCACGAGACGCCAUUCCGACGGCUCAUCAGCGGCAGCCUUGCUGGCGUGACCUCUGUCUUUUUCACAUAUCCCCUAGAAGUUGUCCGAGUGCGGCUCGCUUUUGAAACCAGGCGGGAUGGCCGCUCCUCGCUGACAUCAAUAUGUCGCCAAAUCUAUAAUGAGCACCCCAUCGAGAAGACGCGGACUGCGAAACUGCCAAACGCACCGGGCGCUGCGACAGUGGUGGACUCUGCGGCCGCGACGGUUGAGUCUGUUGCGCCGCGCGUCGGUCUCGUCAACUUUUACCGCGGAUUCGCGCCCACCAUGCUCGGCAUGCUGCCGUAUGCUGGCGUGUCCUUCCUCACUCACGACACCAUGUCCGACCUGCUCCGUCUUCCUUCCAUCGCCCAGUACACGACUCUGCCGAAGAAGAAGAACCAUCCGGAAGGAAAGGCCGCGCCUCUCCGGUCCUGGGCCGAGCUGACGGCCGGAGGCGUCGCAGGCAUGAUCUCACAGACAAGCUCGUACCCCCUGGAGGUGGUCCGACGGCGGAUGCAGGUUGGCGGUGCUGUUGGCGAUGGCCACAGGCUGCGAGUCGGUGAAACGGCGGCUAUGAUCUUUCGGGAGCGAGGACUCCGUGGCUUUUUCGUCGGCCUCACGAUUGGAUAUGUCAAGGUGAUACCCCUGGCGGCGGUGAGUUUCUACACUUACGAACGCAUGAAGCUUGUUUUUGGAAUAUAA